AUGAAUACGUUGACGCCUUUAGUCCGUCCCAAUCAGUCUCAAAUACAAAUUGAGCCAACACCCAAGGAUUGUCCGUCAGACGGUUUCAAUUAUCCAUCAUUUCGCUUGUUGAACAAACACACUCGACUAUCGCUAUCCCGAGCCAUUAACCCCGAGCCUUCAACCCACUACAGCCUGCUCGCCAUUACAAAUGCCAAAGGAUGGGUAGACCAAAUAUUGUUGUAUUUGCUUGCCGUGACACGCAUUUGGUGGUCGGACUCGAGACGGGCUCAGUGUUCUGGGAUCGUUGCUCCUCUAGUCAUUUCGCAACUCCAGUCUGGUCCUCUUCGCCAAAUCCUGCCAAAUCCAGGAACAGAGUCCAAUCUGGUUGAUAUCGUAGCCGUGCUUGGGGAUGGCAUGGUGCAGCUGCUGAAUAUGGGGCUACAGUUACAAGGCGGCUGGGUUGCGGAUGGUUCCAGCCCGAAUCCCAUGGCUAUUUCUUGGUCUCCCAAGGGCAAACACCUUGCAAUCGGCUUGCAGACCGGCGAUAUCUUGACGUACUCUUUGGUCAACAGAUCCAGCCCUCAUAAACACAUCCCACCUACGGCGGACGCGAAUCUUGUAUCACUCGAUUGGCUAGGGCCCGGUCAUACUUUCCGAACAAGCUAUUCCUCACCAGCUGGCCCAUCACACCACAUCAUUGCCCUGGACACCAAGUCUUCCUCGGCAGUGUACUACGCCCCCACGCAUCCUUUUCCCAUCUCAGACCGACCAUUACAAAGUGCCUAUACGCUAUUUUUGCCAAGAUGGGAUGGAGAUGCAACGAAUGUGGACGAUGCAAAAUCACUCUUAAUAGUUUGUGACAGGUCGUCAGUGGACCUGGAGGUCUUAGCCCACGGUGGAAGCCAAUGGUAUCAGCAAUCGCAAGAUAACCCUAUAAGUUUGCCGCUGGAUAAGUCAAUGGAGGACACUAUGUUGCUUGCCCUCAAUGCCGAUCUUACAGAUUCCAGCACUGGCUCCCCUAUCAUGUACGCGUACCUUAACGAUGGGACACUGCAAGGAUGGUACAUGGAUAGCUCAAAGCCCUACCCAUUGAUGGUCACGCCAUCAAGUUUGGCUGCUGGUGUUCUCGUUAACCAGGGGUCACAAAGUCAAGCGUCGGACUUCGGUCAAACAGACGCUUCGAUGUCGACGGAAGAGAACCAUCCCCCGAAACCUGUUGCUUCCGUCUUUGGUCAAGCAACAACUAGUUCAUUUGGGCCGCCUGCCGCGUUCGAACAGAAAUCUCCUUCGGCUUUCAUACAACCCCCUGCAUUCGGACAACCAACCUCUGCCUUUGGUCAAGUCCCGUCGCAAGCCUCUCCUGCCUUUGGCCAGACUUCCUUUGGUGCAUUUUCAGGAUUUAACACCAAGCAGAGCGCAGGUUCUGGUUUCAGUGGGUCGUCCAACCCAAACCUCUCUUCUAGCUUUGGGGGGUAUGGAAGUGGUCUAUCAGCAUUCGCUCCAAGUGGUACAAGUUCAUUUGAACAGGGCAGCUCGGCGAACAAUAAUUCUUCGAUUGCUGUGCCUUCUGGUUUUCCGUCCAGUAGUAGUAGUAUAACACGAGAAGCAUCGAUGUCAGACGCAACUCCUUCAUUUGGUGGACUUUCCUUGGGAUCCACUGAAUCCCAGUCGAGUGCAAAGCCAGGUGGCGGUAUUUUUGGGUCGUUUUCAACGUCCCCGGCGUCUCAACCUGGUGCGCAACCUGCUUCUGGAUUUGGAGGACCUGUGAAGCCAGCUGUUGGAUUCGGCGCCUUUAGCAAACUUCAAUCGGCAAACAAUCUAAACACAGAAAAGCCAGCUGAACCUAUAUCUGCUUUUGGAUCGUCAUUGAGCGGUGGGUCGUCCCCCGCCUUGACAAAACAAUCUGGUUUUGGGCAAUCCGGUUUCGGACAAUCUGGUUUCGGACAAUCUGGCUUCGGACAAUCUGGUUUUGGGCAAUCAGGAUUUGGUCAGGUAUCUCAACCCACCCUCUCAUCUGCUUCUUCUAGCGCUGGAAGGGGGUUUAGUGCUUUCGCCUCUGCCGCGCCGGCAGCAUUUUCUGGGGCAACGCAAAAAGGGACGGAGAGCGGAAGUGGUGGAGCCUUUGCACCGUCGCUUGCUGGCGGUGGAUACAGCGCCUUUGCGUCCAACACGCCCACAGCCUUUGGGGAAGCCACAAAGACUGCUGCUUUGUCGAGCGCAUUUUCCACUGAAAAGCCUGCGUCUCCCUUUGGUAGCAGUACCUCAGCUUUUGGUGCAUCUACAUCUGGUUCAGGAAACACUUUCACUACGCCAAUUGCGUCCACUUCUCAGGUGGCGGCUUCGGCUGCCUUUAGCAGCCCUACUAAGGCACCAAUUUCUUCCCCCGAUCUAUCGCCUGAACCUUCCUCCAAUGACAAACCAAGCUUUGCUUUGGAUAACAAUUCACCGCCCCCUCUUGCGUUCAAAAGUAGCGUUCCAGCUGCCACUUCUGGUGCAUUCGCUAAUAUCAAGACGUCACCAGCUGCAUUCCGUCCAGCAUCAGGCUUCGGAGCUUUCGGCAGUGACAGCACCUCCAAGACCUCCCCAUUUUUCAAGAGUCCUGGCGAGACAAAACCCGCCCCAGUUUCUGUGUUUUCCAACUUGAGCACAGCAACAAAACCUUCUAUAAGCCCUGCAGGACCAUCUAGUGCACCGGCCUUUGGGUCUCCAUCUCUCAUCGGAGGCGCCAACAAAUCUUCGUUUGCUCCAGCUACCCCUCCAUCGCCAUCACCAGCUAAGAUUAAUGAAUCUGGAGGAUUUGGUGCAUUUAGUGGAACAACUUCGGGUUUUGGCAUGUUUGCGGGACCAAAGAAGUCAUUCUCGGACUUACUGAAAAUUGGGGACAACGACGUCCAAAAUGCUGCUCGUCCUCAGGAGGCCACCACCGCUUUCAAAACUCCAGGCAUCUUGGGCUCAAACAGUAGUAUAACGUCUGAUUCGGCGGAUAGCAACAAAACUAAAGAUGCGGUCACUCCACCAAUCACUCCCGCCUUUGCUUCUCCUGCAAUUUCAAAGGACAACGUAAAGCAAGACAUUCCCGAGAAUGCCGCGGAAACAGGUGCCACGGAGGGCGCAGAAAAGAAUACGGCGGAAGACGCGAAAAAAACAUCGGGCUCACCAGAGACCGUCGCUCAAGAGCCAUCAUUAGGAAACAUCUCUUCCGCUGGAAGUUCCUUUGUUGAAGUCGGCGCUGAUACAAGUGGAGGUGAAAUGAUGUCACGUGGAGAAAACGUCGAGGAAGAUGUUCAAGACGGCGACGAUGAUAGGUCGUUCCUGUCGGAGAGUUUUGGCUCAAGCUCCGAUGGCUCUUACGAGGACGACGAACAUUCCGAAGGACAGAGUAGCGAAUCUGAAGGAAGUGAACAUUCUCCCUCUCCUGUGCCUACCACAGUACCUUUGCCCGAAUCUCGGUCUCCUUCUGCGACUCCUCAGCCUGAAGUUCCAGCUAUUGAAGUAACUCUUCCUCCACACGCCUUGCACAAAGACGGACCGGCUACAAGGAAUAUCCGAGCGCCCAGUACAACACCACCGGGAACGCCAGUGAAGGAAAGCAGACCUUUAUCUAGCCCAAGCCCUGCGUCAUCUACAGCAGUCAGUUCUACCACCUUACAAACAACUUUUGGACUGGGGCUCGGUAAGCCCAGUACACGUCCGACGCGAAGUUCGCCGCUUGCAAGUGCCCCUGUGUCCGGAAAUGACGAUGACGACCAGACCACACCAAGACCCCCGGUGUCUCCCAAACCAGUCUUCGGUGUCCUACACAUCAGCUCUGAUCAGUUGCCGGCGGAUUCAAGUUCAGACGGUCAGCCCUCCAGCAAAAGGAUAAAGACCCCACCACUCUUAUCGUCGUUUGGAAGCAUCAAGGCAACGCCAAUCUCAGACGAACUCAUUUUAGCUGCGGCUACCCUCCCUGUAACCAUCACGCCAGUUCUUACCCCUGUGGUCUCUUCUGCAACACCUGCAAUUCUCCCUCCUUUGGUCUCAUCUUCUCCAACCUUAUUCGGGAAGCCCAGAGCACCUGCGGGCCAAGACGGGACUGUGCGACCUGCGUCUACACCUGCGUUUUUUGGUUCCUCAUCAUCCGUCACGAGUUCGGUAUCUCCAUUUUCUUUACCAGCCUCCAUAGGCUUCAAUGUGUCUGCUUUUGCUCCCCAGAGCGCGAUUUCCAGUCAGCCAGCGCCUCGAGUGGCAUUUAGUCACCCCGUGCAUCCGGCCCCUUCUAACCUCCUCGAUAAUAUCUUCGGAGCGAAAGUGCCCCCUCCAACCCAAGCUCCCCACAUGAAACCACUCUCUACAAACAUGAUUAGCACACAAGGCUCAACGCAAUCAGGGCAGGGUCUCUUCCCCGUGCAAGCUAGUUCCCAAACUCCUGGUCUAUUUGCCCCAAAAGCUCCUGUUACCGCAUCACCACUUCCUACACCAUUCACCCCUCCCAAACCCCCUGUACAGUCCGACGUCGCUAAGAUGGAAGAAGGAAUGCAAAAGGAGUGUGCGCUCCUCGUGAAUACCAUCCAGAAGGAACUAGAGCAAUUUCGUCUUCGUGCUCAGGCUGUCACGCAGAAGCGAGCGGAACUGAGCAAGUCGGCAGGUGGUUUACGGAAGAAGUCCGAUCUCAGUGACUCGACCAAAUGGAAUUUAGGCGACGCCAACCAGUUCAGUCAAAUUUCGUUACAAUAUCAAGAGGAUCUUGUCUUUUUGAAGGAACUCAAAGAACAGGAAAUGCUCGCUCUUCGUGAGCUUCAAAGUAGCAUGCUUAAAGUGAAACGCAAACUCAACUUCGAAGGAGUAUUCGGAGUACCGUCAUUAGACACUAUCAAUCGUACUUACCGGAACAUCGACGUCGCGAUCCAACAGCAGGCCAACGACGUUGCCAAAUUGGGGGCUCGCAUAGCAAAGCUCAAUCUACAUGGCAAGUUCUGCGAUCCCGAAACAAGGGACAGUCGUCUUCCUGAUGCCAUUUCCAAACGACCAUACAACGUCACUCCAAAUGUUGCGGUCACGACGGCGGCGGCAUUGAAUGCAGAACGUUCUGCCCAAAGGCUCAAACGAGCGCUCUUGUCUGUUCGCAAGGAGCCAUUGCUAAACAAUACGGCCGCCUUGGCAUCUUCUCCGCCAACUGUGUUCAAGACGCCUCAGAAAGCUUCUUCUUCCGCCAUGUUCGCAUUCCAAACUCCUUUGAGCGGAGCAUUGUUUUCUCCACUGUCUACCCCUCAGACGCAAUUGGGAGAUUGGACACUUCCAGAGGACCAUUUCAACCCGUCUCCGACUCUUCCAGCUGAGCACUGGAUUAUUCGGUCAAAAGUCAAGUUAAUGAUUUGCACAUCCUACGCUGCGGGGGAGUUCGUCUUUUAG